CGAAUAAAAUCGAACGAAAAAGCAAAAAUUUUUCCGAUAUUUCACUUUUGAGUUGUCAAAAUGCGACAUUUUUCGCAAUGCAUUUGGUACAAAUUCUGAAUGAAGAACCACGAGACAGUUUGGUGAUUGUGACAAAUUGUCGUGUCCGCGCCUUGGCCUGUUACAUUUUCAUAAAAUUAUCGAAAAACGCCCAAAUGCCCCCUCAGCAGAUCAAAGCCAUCAUCGAAGAGUUCCGCAACGAUCCGAAAAACUCGGAUUUUGGCAUAACCUUGACCGAACUUGUGACGCGCUUACAACAAGUGGACACGAAUAAUGAGGAGUGGAAAAGCGCACUUGAACGCGUCCAAAAUUUGUGUUAAUUGUGAUUUUGUGGAAAUAAAUGAAUCGUGAGCGUGUCUAAUUAGCUCUGCUACCUACUAACAAUAUGGUACCGAGAACCCAUCGACCAUCUGCCGCGGAAUCGGCCAAAAAUUACCAUAGUAAAAGUCGUCCAAUUCGCUCGAAAAUAAUUGCGCUUAUUUUCCCGUACAGUCACGGGUCAGAAAUCCCCACAUGUGCACUUCCAAUCCUAAUUAAUUAACGAAAUUUCCACGUCUGUCUUAAUCAGAGUGUGAAUUGUUAAGUUCCAAACGGUUACAUUCCACCAUUACUUCUUUUAUGGUCAGUGAUGACAUGCGAUCGCGGGUACAGUUAGUCAAGGAAACGCGGCGAAAAGUCACAUUCUGUCAAAAUUCCACGAUGGCAAAUUUUUGGUUCGGGGAGAGACGGCGGUUAGGCAAGGCUUUACCUCAACACAAGUUGAUGCAAAAUUUGCUUCUGAGCGACUUUCGAACGCAGAAAAUCACCAAAGGGACGCAGACUGAGGGCCGGAAGGCCGCCAGCGAAAUUGGCUGUUGCUGUCAAAGGAAAAUGCGGAAAAGUAACGAGGGCAAAAGUUCGAGUAAAGUGGCGGAGAAGAGGCGCGUGGAUGAGGGCUAUCAGAGGCUUUUGGCGAGUAUAAGGGACAGGGUGGUCAAGGCGUCGCAAGAGGAGUUCUGCUCAUGUUCGGAUACUUGGAGUGACACAAGCACCGAUGCCCCCCCUGAAGUCAACCUCCCCAAAGAGACCCGAAACGCCAUGUCCCUCCUUCUUCUAACCGAAAAAAAACCUGUUUCAAAAUUCACAAAACCAUGUGCAUGGCCCGGUUUCGCCGAACGAACCAACUCCAAUUCAUCAAUUAAGAUAAAACGCCAACUUUCUAAAUAAAUUAGCUAUAAAUUA